AUGGAGACUGCGGGAGCUUUGUUUGGCCAGCUGCUCGCCAUAGGGGCCCUCCCCCUCUCGAUAUCCAUUGCUGACGGAGACACCCACACGCGGAGAAGGCACUCCGGCAUUUCCAAGGUGAUCGGUUUGCCGAAGCAUUUGGUCCCCACUAUGAAGCGUUUCUAUAGUGUAACUGCGAAUGAGAAACAUGCAGGCAGCACGCAUGCGAAUCCAGUUAUGUGUCGUCUAUUCUGCAGCACAUCAGCGACAGGGAGCUGCGACGCCUGCAGCUGCCCAGCCUCCUCGCUCGAAGAUCGAGGAGGAAGUAACGGCUGUGGCAGCAGCAACAGCGAUGCGCUGCCCGUACAGCAGCAAGCCCUUGUAGUACGCGGUGCCGCUUCGCUGGUGCUGCAGCAGUGGGUGCUGCUGGCUGCGGAUGCUCUGCAAUUGCUGCGGCGUCUGCUGCAGCCCGAGAAGCAGCACCAUCGGCGCAACAGCAGUAGCAACAACGCCGAUAAUCACCAGCUUUUGGGGCGGCAGCAACAGCAAGACUCUAGAAGGAAGAGAGUGCGGACAACAGAGGCCCAGAGAGAAGAUGACGGGGAAGAGCAGCAGGAAGAUGCAGACGAGGCAGCAGAUGCAAUUUGGGAGCGAGCAGCGCAACUGCAGCUGCAACAGCAACAAGGGGAGGAAGAAUCUCAGCAGCGUCUUAAACGAUUAGGAAGCGUCUUUGCCACACAUCUGCAGGAGGCAGAGUCCAGUGUGCGAGCCAACAGAGACAGCGCCGGUUUGCUGCUGCAGCGGGGGGCCCCCGACCUGUUCAGCGCUUGCUGGGCUGCUGUAGCCACGCCUCUGCGCUCCGGAAGUACUCGACCGGGGCAGCAGCAGCAGCAGCAAAUCGGAUCACACGAAAGGCUUCUCGCUGCAGCAGGAGAAGCGCAUGCUCCCGGAAUGUCGUGGAGACGCUGGGCGUUCGGAGGCCCUGAGCCUCAUCUCCCUUUCCCCUCAGCAGCAGCAGCUUCCAGUGCAGCAGCAGCUGCAGCAGCAGGAAAAAGUGCCUCCGCAGCAGCAGGUGAAAUAGGAGGAGGAAGAGAAGAAGACCCCGGGGUAGAGUCUGCCGACUUUGCAGACAUGUGGGGGCCCCUGCCAGAGGAAGAGCAGCAGGAAGAGUACGAAGCACCGCAGCAGCAGCAUCAGCAACAGCAGCAGGAAGAAGGUAUGGCGGAAGCUCAGGACAUCUCUGCAGGACCAAAAGCCACUCGAAGAAGAGGCCAGGGCCAUGGAGUGCAGCUGGAUACCAACAUAUCGCGAAACACAGCAAGCAGAACCAGCGGCGACAGGGCUUUUCCAACCCUGCUCAGCAACAGCAGCACCAUGGCAGCCCCUCCACCGCUCUGCAAGGCCGCCAAGUACCUUGCAGCAACAACGGCUGAAGUUCACGAGCUUUACGCAGUUCAUCCCGUUGCAAACCUUUACGAGUGGCUACAGCAGCAGCUCCUCCUCCCUGGAGGCAAGCCAGCUUGGAGCCUGCAGCAAACCCCAGCAGCAGCAGCAGCAGAAGGCCGUAACGCGGUCGCAGGUAUACAUUUGAAUAAGCUGUCGUCUUACCCCGGGCCCCAGCAUUCUGCUGCUGCAGCACAAACAAACGAAGCGCAACAGCAGAGUUCAGGCCGUGGGGGUCCGUGGCCCCGACGAGACUGGGAAGGGGACUUUACACUGUACACAGAAGCCGAAUUGCAGCAGCAGCCGCAGCAACAAGACAGCAGUAGUGGCAGGCGCAGGAGCGGAGAUCUUCUGGGCAGCGGAGAGUACGUAGAAGUGCUGCGAGGCAUCUUUGACAGCAGCAGCAUGCAACAGAGGGCCACACAAACUCGCCUAACCCAAGUGCCACGGGAAUCGGAAGCUUCGAGCACUUCACGGCUGGGGAGUAGCAGGCGGGCUAGCGGCCUGAGUGCCGCCUCGUCGGAGGCAUCUCUGGAGGCGUUAGCCUACGGCGACUUUCCUGACUUUGAGGGCUGCCCCACUGAGUUUAGCGAAGACCAGCAGCAGCAGCAGCAGCAGCAGCACGCUUCGGCAGCUGCUGCAGCAGAGCAGCAGCAGCAACAACAGCAGCAAGAACAGCAACAGCAGCAGAACGAGUCUACGAUUCCGCUGAGUCGGCUGCUGCCGCGAGGCCGCGUUGAUCCCAGGACAGCCUGCUGCACCUUUUCGCAUUUGCUGCUGUUGCACAGACACGGCUCCAUUAGACUGGAGCAGCAGCAACAAGUCCUCACCCCGCCUUCAAACAAGCCUUAUCCGGAGCUCACUCAUCCGGACGUCUCAGGGCACCUAUUCGCUGGCGCGGGAGAGCCAGCGCCGCAGCAGCAGCAACAACAACAGCAAGAGCAGCAACAGCAGCAGAACGAGUCUACGAUUCCGCUGAGUCGGCUGCUGCCGAGAGGCCGCGUUGAUCCCAGGACAGCCUGCUGCACCUUUUCCCAUUUGCUGCUGUUGCACAGGCACGGCUCCAUUAGACUGGAGCAGCAGCAACAAGUCCUCACCCCGCCUUCAAACAAGCCUUAUCCGGAGCUUUUUGUACACGUGACGCAACAGUGGCGCACAGCAGAAGAUGUCGCAGGGGUACAGCAGCCAGACAAGGAGCCACCGCCACAGCAACAGGACGAUGAGCAGCAGCAGCAAGCGCACCCGCAACAGGAGGAACAGCAACAGACCGACAAGCAGCGGCAACAAGGAUCACCCGAUGAAUGCAGGCAAACGGAUGACAAAGAAGUGUCUUCUCUUUCCCGUACACACAAGGAGCCACCGCCACAGCAACAGGAAGACGAGCAGCAGCAGCAAGCGCACCCGCAACGGGAGGAACAGCAACAGACCGACCAGCAGCGGCAACAAGGAUCACCCGAUGAAUGCAGGCAAACGGAUGACAAAGAAGUGUCUUCUCUUUCCUCAGAGCAGAAGCAACAAGAGGGACAGCAGCGGCAGCACGAUGAGGAGCAGCAGCAGCGGCGGCAGCAGAAGCAAACACAAGCAAGGGGGGCUUCUCGGGCCACAGGCCUUACUCUUGGAGCAGCCAGAAGCCGUAAAGCCCCCAGGGCUCCAUGA